CAGCAGACGAAUCGACUGCCUAUUAUAAACGGGAUUCACUUCUCUGAGCUUGUCAGUUCUUCGUUUGAACGUGAUAACAGCUGAUUCUUCUCCAUUAUAUAAAAUCCUUUCUAAUUAGUGUUGUGCUUCAUUAAUUUUUUUAUUUAUUAAAAAAAAGGUUUUCUGUCAGUGCAAUACGACCUAGCGAUUGUCUCUCUUAUUCUGUUUUGAUAACAAUCAGCUGAGCACUCGCCGGAUCAGCUGAUUUUCUCUCUCUCUAGAGGAGGCUGCGCUCUCCUUGAAAAAGUGAUAACAGCGUUUUGACAGUGCGCCGUUGAGGUAGGUCUGCAGAUUUGAGAGAUCGCAAGGUCGUCUCUUGUCACAGGCACCAAAAAAAAAAGUGAAGUGAUUUUUUUUUCUUCGUUUAAAAAAACAAAAAUCAUCUUUAAGGACAUGGCUACCUAUGCAGCUUAUAGGCACGUCGAACUUGAUAAUGUCGGAUAUGGCAAGAAAAGGGUUUUGAAACCACCUGGUGGCGGUAGCAGUGAUAUUUUCGGUGCCACUGCAGAGGAGACCAGCCCUCGCCGUGUGAAAUCACAUCAGGCAUCACAAUUGGGAUCAGCACUAUUUGGCGAUAAUGCAAGAAAUGGUCCAAGCAAAAGCACUAAUGGACCUGAUACGCCAAGGGUCAACAUAAAGCCCGGUAAUGAUUCUUACAAACGUCUGUUUGGUCCUCCCGAUGUCCUACCUAAUCAAAAUUCGAAAAAUCACAUGAAGAGCAAUAUUCCCCUCAGUGGUGAUAAUAAAACUGAUGUUGUUGUUAUUUCACCUGCAAAAAGCACAUCAAGCAGCAAUAAUGGUUCAAUCUGCAAUGGAACUAAUUCAAAUGAUAAUUUACACGUCAAUGACAAUACAGCAUUUAGGAGAAAGAAAAGAUUUCGAGGAGCAUCCUGCAUGCCACGCAACCCAGUCACUGGAGACGGAGUUGACGUGACGCCAAUUAGGCGCACCGCACGAAAGUGUAGAGAUGGUAAUCCAGUGACAGGUACUGGAUACGGAGCAGAUCAACAGAAUAACGUUGUGCAAAAUGGAAGUGGAAAUGCAAAUUCGAGCGGCUCUGAAAAAUCCAACGACUCAUCACCAGGCUCUGUCAAUAUGAGCAAUAAGGCCCAACGUAAUCGCGUACCACCAGGUGGUUAUUCAUCUGGUCUCUGGUAAAUCUGGCCACGAAUUACAAAAAAAAAAAAAAAUGAAAAAAUGAAAAA